UAAGAGUCACAUAAAGGAACUGUCAAAAAACACGUGCCUCGAUGGACACCGAGCACCAUGCAAUAGAAUUUAUUCGUCAAGAUAUCGUAAAAAAUCAUCUUCAAGUUACAGCUGUAAUACAAGAUAUCCAACAAUGUAUUGGCCCUUUGGAAUUACUUAAUAAAUUAAAUGCAGAAGGCAGAGCAAAUAUAGCAGCUUUAAAGUCAUCUAUAGAUAAAUUAAUAUCAUUAGCAGAGAGAGAAUCCUCGGAGAAAAAGAAAGUAGAAUUACUGGCAGAGGUAGAUACUUACAGGCAGCAACUCAAUACUUCUUUAGCUGCGUUUCGUAAAGCCAAUGUUGUUAGCGUAUGUGUGAUAGAUAAGCUGGCUAAAAAAGAACUGCUCUCCAUGUCUAAGGAGCAGCAAGAAAUGCUUUCCAUGCCUGAAGAGGAGCAGGCUGCUAUUCGUAGGAGGCACGACAAGCGAAAUCUAGCAAAUACAUCAAGUCAACUUUCUGACAAACUUUUAAGUAUAUCUAGACAUUUAGCCGAAACGACUCAGAAAAGCGCGGAUACAUUGGAUACACUGAUAAUAUCAUCGGACAAAGUUACCACUACCAAAGACGAAUUAGAACAUCAACAACAAGUUAUAGUUCAAUCUGGAAAACUUUUAGGCAAAUAUGGUAGAAGGGAAGUUACCGAUAAAGCUUUAGUAACAUUGGCAUUUGCAUUUUUCCUUGCCUGCGUUUUUUACAUUUUACAGAAAAGAAUAUUUUGAAAGCACGAACUAUUGUACAUAGGAAAGUGAAGAUAUAUAUCUUUCAUGGGGAAAGAGAAAAAUUAUCUCUUCUGAAGUAUCAUUGAAUUAUUAAUAACUUUAUGUAUAAUUACGUAUAACGUUGUUAUCCAACUUUUGGGGAAGCUGUGUUUGUAAUUGUACUAUUUUAUCAUGCAAAUAAGAAUAUUUAUAAAACAGGAAACUUUUCAAGCUACCUUCUUUUUUAGGAUUAGCGUAACUUAGAAAUUUCAAUGUAUACAUAUAUGUCAUCACCAAAACUGAUUAAAUAUUGCCAGCUGUUUUUGAAUUACACUAUCCUGUAAUGAAAAUAUAUUAUAAAAGUUUGAAACCAA